UUUUUGAACAUCCAUAGUUUAUGGGGAAGAGAUAGAGAUAGAGAUACUAGGCAAUUGACUAUUCAAUUGAAUCAAUUAUAAGAUAAGACAGUAUGUUGGAACACCCAGUAAGAAACGCAGAACCACUGUAUGAAUUCAAUCCUGAAAUCCAGGAAGCUUUACCUCAUGAGAAGGUGUAUUCAAUCCAAGUUGGAUAUAAACUAUUUCGAUUAAGUGGAUUAUCAUUAUCAUCAGAUGCUCCAUCCUAUUUCGUGAAAUAUUUCAGACAAGAGGAGAAUGAAGAUAAAGUAUUGUUCAUUGAUCGAUCUCCUGCUAUCUUUGAAAAGAUUUAUAAUCAUUUACAAGGAUACUCCAUCAAUGUUGAUAAUGAUUAUGAGUUUGUUCAUCUUUGGUCUGAUGCCUUUUACUUUGGAUUGAAACGUUUACAAGCAAUCUUAACUGAACAAGAUAUCUUUGCUACCAUUGGGAAUCAAUCAUUUAAAAUAAGUCGUUCAUUAUUCGUCAAUUCAGGAAAUUAUCCUAAUUUUUUUACUGUUAAUUAUGAUGGUUUAUUAUCAGAUAAUAUUAAAGUAUUCGAAGAUAAGAAGAUGUUAAGACCUCCACCUCAAAAACCAGCUACGGUGGCCAAUCGUUCACCAGCUUUAUUUGCUGAUUUAUUAGAAUUAUUACAGGGGAAUAACUUGAUUGUGAAAAAUGAUGAACAUCGAUUAUUAUUAAUGAGAGAAUGUAAAUAUUAUCGAUUCUUGGAAUUAGAACAACGAAUCUUAAAACAUCGUGUCAUUAAUAAUCCAUUCAUGGAAAAUAAACAAGAAAUUAUCUUGAAUUUAAAUGAUUUACAAAGAAAAGGAGUGGUUAAUGAUUCUGAAUUGCCUACUAAACUUGAAACUCCUAUUCAAUACGUGAGACCAUAUAUAAUAAAUGAACCAAAACGAAAUUUAAUCUUUCAAUUGGAUUCCAAUGGUGAUAUUUUCAAUAAGAACUAUAGUGAAGUUAAAUUAAUCGUUAAUAAGACUUUAAAUAUCACUACUAUUCAAAUCAGUAAUAAAUUAUGUCAAAAAUAUAUUUCCGUAUUUCAAGAUUUUAGUGAAGAUUUUUUAAUUGAAGAUAUCGAUACUAAUAGUCCAACUAUAACUUGUAUAGCUGGAUUUGCUGAUUGUAAAGCCAUAAUUAAUGGUAUGCAAAUGAAGAAAACUUGGGUCCAUGAUUUAAUUGGAUCUCAAGACGGUAAUGAUGAUAAUGAAAAUAUUAAAAAGAGAAAAUUAAAUGAUGCAAAUACGGUUAAAGGUGAUAUUAUUGAAAUCAAAUUAACCAAAUCAUUAUGGAGAAUGCUUAUGAUAGGUCAUAGAUCAAGAUUACACGCGGUAUCAAUAGAAGGAUUAACUGAUCAUUCUUCGUUUAUUCAAGAAAAUAUCGAAUUUCUUUAAAUUAUAAAAU